AUGACGCGAAUGACGACGCGCGCGCGCGCCGAGCCCGGGAAUGAGAUUCGCCGCGCCCCGGGCGCGCGACGCGGACCGCGACGGAAGAUCGCGCGCACGGUGAACGUGAAUGAACGCCCGUCGUUCGCGGGCGCGGACGCGGACGCGGACGAGGAUGGGUUGGAGUACGCGAGGGAGUUUCGUGAUGGGACGGGUGCCGUCGAUGGGGCGAUGGGGACCACGGACGCGCGCGCGCGUACGGGCGAUGGGACGAGCGCGACGGUGAGGGCGAGAGAUGAUUUUACGCACGUUGGGUUCGUGGCGCCGCGGGUGGUGAUCGGGUUGGCGAGCGAUGCGCUCGCGCGGGGGACGUCGACGGAUGGAUUCGGCGACGCGGUUGAUUUCGUGCGAGGUUUGGCGUCGUCGAACGACGUGUUCGGGGAUGUUUUGAGACGCACGGAGCGAGAGAUCGAUCGGUUGGAGGCGAUUGGGGUGCGAGCGACGACACCGGUGCGGGAUAUCGUGCGGGGGGUGAUGCCGGAGGAGGUGUACGAAAAGUAUCUCGCCCCGGCGGUGGCGUACGCCGAGGCGAGCGAGGACGAGCGCGGACGCGGUGACGACGGCGAAAGAGGUGCUUUCAAGGACGGUGAUUUCAACGACGACGCGGUGAACGAGGCGGCGGACGCGGUGGCGGCGGCGAUGGCGGGCAUGGAUUUCACCGUCGACGCGGACGCCGGGUCAAAGGACCGAGCGUCUUCGACGUCGACGUCCUCGACGUCCUCGACGUCCGCGACGUCCCCGACGUCCGCGACGUCGAUGGAAGACACCGUCGAAAACAUGGCUGCGGAAGCCAUCAUGUCGAGCAGUGCGGCUUCGGCGUCGUACGUGGCGCCGGAGGCGACGCCGUACGGCGCCGACGCCCCCGCGGUGCGCAAGAAUGGCGCCGCGACAAAGACGGUCGAGACGUCGUCGACGACGCCGACGACGCCGGAACCCGCGGCGGAGCACGCGCCCUCGAAGCCAUCGUCCACGAAAGCGUUCGACGCCACCGUGGGAUACUGGCGCAAGAUUAACGACAAGUGCCCCGACGAGGAGCCCCUCAUGGACAUUAUGGACAUGAACAUCGUCUUUCGCCAAGCCGCCGGGUUGCUCAACUACUUGCGCAUCUCUCGACCGACCGCGACGACGUGGUCCGUCGCCGCGAACGCCGGAAUCAUCCAAAUCGCCGAGGAGUACCCCAUCGACGGCGCGCGCGCGGUCACCCCUCGACGCGACUUGCGCUCGGGCGACCAAACCGGAAGCGUCUCCGCCGACGACGCCCGCGUCCGCCUCGAAACCUCCUGGCGCGACGACCUUCCCGGUUCGAUGACGGAAACCUUCUUCCUCGACCACGCAUCCCGCGAGCUCGUCCGCGAGGUCACCGUCCGCCUCGACACCGGCGACGCGUGGUCCGGGACCUACCGCUACCGUCCCGCCUAG